GACUGCAAAUACCGAAAAGCCGAGCGCGUGGCUUUGGACCGUAAUUUCGCUUCUCAAGCUCUGUGAAUUUGCUCUGUAAGCGAGGAAACAUGCAGCGUUUUUUACAGUAGCAUUAAGUAAGCCAUAUGUGGAUAAAACAGUACUGGAAAGACCCUCUCCAGGCACCUGCUGAACAAAGAGCGCUCGCUUUAACUUCUGUCAGCAGUCUCUGUUGAGGGGAGAGGGACAGAAGAGAGAGAGAGAGUGCUGACUGCUGGCAGUAAGAACUGUACCCUCACCGGCGCCACCAUCGCUACUUAAACAAGGCCCACUGUCAUCUGUCGACAUGUCCAGCGGUCAGCCAGUCAAGUUGCGCAUCUUCUCCCUAAAUUGUUGGGGUGUCCACUACCUGAGCCAGCAUUGUGCCCAGCGCUAUGAGAUGAUUGGAGAGCUGCUGAGCAGGGAGGAGCAUGACCUGGCCCUGCUGCAGGAGGUGUGGAGUGAAAAAGACUAUCUCUUCCUGAAAAAGACUCUUGGAAGCAGCCACCCUCACUCCCACUAUUUUAAGAGUGGGGUCAUUGGAAGCGGUCUGGCUGUGUUCUCCAGGCACAAGAUCCACGACGCGUUUCUCUACCGCUUUUCCCUGAACGGUUAUCCUUACAUGCUCCAUCACGGUGACUGGUUCGGGGGGAAAGCUGUGGGAAUGGUCAUCGUGAAUAUCUCUGGGUUGACUGCUCAUGUCUAUGUCACACACCUCCAUGCGGAGUACUGCAGGGAGAAGGACGGGUACCUGCCCCACAGAGUGGUCCAGGCCUGGGAGCUGCUACAGUUCGUUCGCCACACGUCGAGCGGGGCGGACGUGGUGAUCCUGGGGGGGGAUUUGAACAUGCACCCCCAGGACCUGGGAAACAGACUCUUUCGCACGUACACAGGACUCAAAGACUGCUACACCAACACGGACAAGUUUGACGGUUGUGAUGAAGGGGUCACACUAAUAGCAGACAACCCCUUCACAGAUAAGAAGGAGCUCCUUCCCUUCGACAAAGGGAUCAGAAUAGACUACAUUCUCUUCAAGGGUUCGUCGGAGGUGCGCGUGACGUGCCCGUCCCUGUCCACCACCAAGGGCUCGGUGCCCGGGAGGGCCUUCCCGUACUCGGACCACGAGGCCCUGAGCGCCGAGCUCCUCCUCCUGCGCCGCGCUCGGGACGACGGCGACGGCGACGGCGAGGAGGGCGAGGAAGGGCGGGACGGCUGCUCUGCAGACGCGCUCCCGGAGCUGGUGGACACGGUGACGGAGGCGCGGACGGAGGUGAAGGUGGGGCUGCACCUGGCCGAGCGCAUGCGGAGCACGGCGGCUCGCACCGCCGCCAUGGGGCUGGUGCUGCUGCUGCUGGAGCUGGCCAUCGCCGCCGUGCCCUGGCUGGCGCCGCGCGCCGAGCAGCCCUUCCCGCGCGCCUCCUUCUACCUGCUGGGGGCGCUGUGCCUGGCCGUGCUGCUCGCCACCCUGCUGCUCUACGUCUUCCACACCACGCAGGUCAAGGCCCUGCAGGGCGCCGAGGACCAGAUGAGGCUGGCGGCCGGCAGCCUGCAGGAGGCGCUGAAGAGCCGCGCCGGGGCCGGCCAGCAGGGGGCGCCGAACGCCCGGCCGCCCGCCCCAGAGGAGUAACGAAUGAGCCGGAGGAGGGAGUGAACGCUACACACUCAACCACUGGACGCUCGCUUGGAAAGAAGGCCCUUGAAACAUGGCCACAUGAGGGGAAGGAGAGAAGAGAGGUGCUCGUUUUCCUCGUUCAUUUCAUUUUCAGCUCCGGUGAGGAUGAAGGUGGCGUGCUGUGCUGUCGUCCUCACACCACUCCAGCUUUGGCUCUGAGCUUGGCAUUGCUAUUUAACCGAGGCACGACACGUGACACACUGGCAAGGUCCCAGUGCUGAAAAUAUUAUCUUUCUGAUUAUGGACAUUGGACCUAUGUAUAAGGGCAUUGAAGUAAUGGAAUCUAGAAUGCAUUCUGCAAUCGUUUUCUCAUUUUAAUUGAUUUUAUUAGCUUUUUUGUUACCUUUUAAUUUAAAAUUCCAUCACGUAUUAUGUACUUAAAGGUUGUGAUACCAUAUGGGACAAUUGAUAGUUGCUGUUCUGCUCUGUCACCAGAUCGGUGGCAUGUUCAGUUGACAGAUGUAUGCAUUUCUUGCAAUUUUGACAUUGUCAGGGUUGCGAUAAAUUAAAUCUCUUUAUUCAGGGAAUUAAGUGACUGAAAUAUCUCUGUAGAAUAUUAUGGCCAGUUUUUUCACUUUGUGAAUCAAAUUUUAAUUGAUUUCCUCAAAUGACUGAAAUGCACUAGGAACUGACCCCCCCCCCCCCCCAAUGACCCUGGUUGCCAUACCAACAGAGAUGGAGGUGUGAAGGCGGCUGGGAUCUGGGAGGCUACCUCCUGCAGAUCGUUGUGGGACCAAUGACUAGCCUCUGUGUGUGCGUGUACCAGGCCCCUCCCUCCACUGCACCCAGCUGUGAGACGAUCAGGGCGUGGCCCUAUCAGAACCACGGCCUGCGUCUGCUGCACGUAGGCCUGGAGAGUCACGGGGCCUGCCGUUUCCUCUGCUAGGGCGGUUUUAUGCUUCUGCGCAGUCUGCAUAGUUUGCGUGAUUUGUGUUGCGGGCGGCACUCGCGAAGGGGCAGAUCGUUUAUGCUCGUGCGGCGUGUUGCACAGGUUGCACAGGUUGCACAGGCCGCGUAAUUAGAUUGUGUCACUGACCUUAAUCGUUCUAGAGAAAGCGAGUAGCUUGUGCCUUAAAAAGCAAAGUAACAUUGGCUGUAUUACGUGUCCAGUUUGCCGGAACGUGAGACAGAGCUAACCACAUGAUACACAUAACUACCAUAGCUACAUUCGUAUUUCCAAACCUACGAAAUACUGCACGAAUUACCACAAAAAUGCUUAGCUAGAUGUAACUUGUAGGAAUGAAGACGCUCACCUGAUAAAAGCACUUUUUAGCCGCGUA